UUUCUUGCAGCUAUGCCUCGUCUCUUCCCAAAAGUAACCCUGAGUGAGGAAGAUGAGGAGCGACAGCUCAGGGCAGAGAAGGUGUAUGCUUCAGCACUUAAGGAGGAAGAGAAUAAGGACACCAUGUCCAUGUUCACAGUUCCGGAGGACUGUCCAAUUGGCCUGCAACAAGCCAAAGAACUUGAGCUCCUUAAGGAGCUGGCAGAGCAGCAGUCAGAGGAGAGUGCUAAGAGGAGGAAAAGUCUCAAGAUCAUUCGAUCCCGGUCGAUGUCCCUGCAGUUUUCUGGGACUACAGAUUGGGCUCGUUCAUUGGCGGAUACGCCGUUCAUGUCCCCUAGCUCCACAUGCUCAUCCAUGCUUGAAAGCUACCCUGAUUACCAGAGAGUUACCAUCAGUGGGGAUUACUGUGCAGGAAUUACAGUAGAGGACUACGAACAGGCAGCCAAAAGCCUUCUUAAAGCUCUACUUCUUCGUGAGAAAUACUCCAGACUUGCCUAUCACAGAUUCUGCAGAACUACGUCACAGUUUCUCCGGAGUGCUGAAAACAUGAAAUGGAAUGAAGAGGAUGAGGUUCGACCAGAUAUGUGGCCGUCUCCUAUAGGAGGGGAGGAUCCAUACAGCAUGGAAAACAUUCCAGGGAAUCUAAACUAUCUACUGAAGAUGCAGGAUGGAAUAAUUUAUGUGUUUGACAAUGCUGAGGCUCUGACAGAAACACAACCACAUGACCUUCCUUACCCAGAUUUAGAGACCUUUGCCAUAGACCUCAGUCAAGUGCUGGCAAUGAUUGCAGAUGGACCCACGAAGACCUAUUGUCACAGACGGCUAAACUUCCUGUGGUCAAAGUUCCACCUCCAUGAGAUGCUCAAUGAGAUUGCUGAACUGAAGGAACUGAAAAGUGUUCCUCACAGAGAUUUCUACAACGUCAGGAAGGUGGACACACAUAUUCAUGCAGCUGCCUGCAUGUCUCAGAAGCACCUGCUCACCUUCAUGAAGAAAACAUAUAAGAAUGACAAAGAGCGCCUGGUGCUGGAAAAUGCUGGACAAAGGAUGAGUCUCAAGCAGGUUUUCCACAGCCUCAACAUGAAUCCCCAUGACCUCACUGUGGACUCACUGGAUGUACAUGCUGGGAGACAAACCUUCCACCGGUUUGACAAGUUCAACUCAAAAUAUAACCCGGUGGGAGCGAGCGAGCUGAGAAAAAUCUUCUUGAAAACAGACAACCUCAUUAAUGGAGAAUAUUUUGCUUGCAUCAUAAAGGAAGUGGCUCAUGGCCUGGAGGAGAGUAAGUACCAGCAUGUGGAGCCCCGCCUCUCCAUCUAUGGACGCUCCAAAGACGAAUGGAUCAGUUUGUCAACAUGGUUUAUUCAGCACAAAGUGCACUCACCCAACAUGAGGUGGAUCAUUCAGGUGCCCAGAAUAUAUGAUAUUUUCAAGUCAAAGAUGCUGGUCCCCAAUUUUGCCAAGAUGCUGGAGAACAUAUUCCUGCCUCUGUUUGAGGCCACUGUUAACCCACAGGAUCACAAGGAGCUUCAUGUUUUCCUCAAAUAUGUGUCAGGAUUUGACAGUGUGGAUGAUGAAUCCAAACAUAGCGAUCAUAUGUUCUCCUACAAGAGCCCAAAACCAGAACAGUGGACUACAGAUGACAAUCCUCCUUACAGCUACUAUGUCUUCCACAUGUAUGCAAACAUCAUGGUCCUCAACAACCUCAGAAAAGAACGUGGACUGAGCACCUUCACAUUCCGUCCCCACUGCGGAGAAGCUGGAUCAAUCACUCACUUGGUCUCUGCCUUUCUCACAGCUGACAACAUCUCACAUGGACUCAACUUGAAGAAGAGUCCCGUACUGCAGUACCUGUACUACCUGGCUCAGGUGCCCAUUGCAAUGUCUCCACUCAGCAACAACAGCCUGUUCCUAGAAUACUCCAAAAAUCCUUUGAGAGAGUUUCUGCAAAAAGGCCUUUGUGUAUCACUGUCUACAGACGACCCCUUGCUGUUCCAUUACACUAAGGAGCCCUUAAUGGAGGAGUACGCCAUCGCAGCGCAGCUGUGGAAGUUCAGCACUUGUGACGUUUGUGAGAUUGCGAGAAACAGUGUUUUGCAAAGUGGCCUCUCUCACCAGGAAAAGAAGCACUUCUUAGGCGUGAACUACUUGAAAGAUGGACCUGAAGGGAACGAUAUCAGUCGAACCAACGUAGCCCAGAUCCGCAUGGCCUACAGACACGAGACACUGUGCAACGAACUCAGCUUCUUAGUCGAUGCCGUGAAGUCAGAAGCCAUGAAUUCCUAUGAAGCAUAAUAUGCAUGAACUCAGCAUUGUAAUAAUUAGGUGCUUUAACACCAAAAGGCUGCAGUGACUCCAAAUGAAAUUCUAAACAAAACAAACAAGCAAACAAACUUUCAACUUAGCAAUGUUUAGUUGGUCGACUGAGACUCCGAAACACCUGAGUUUGAUGGUAGAUGGUCUUCUGUUUGUCAUUGUUUUAGACACACACACACACACACACACACACACACACACACACACACACACACACACACACACACACACACACACACACACACACACACACACACACACACA